UUCUGGUUAUCGAGGUAAAACAGCCUCUCGUCUCCUUGAAGUUAAGUCGUCUGCCUUGGAAUUCUGUUUGUUAUUUAUUCCUUUCCCAGAAAGGCUUGUCCACUGCUCCAUGUGUUCUGGGGAAAGUAUCGGCUCAAAGCCUUUGGAAAAGAACAGCUGCUCGUGCUCCAUCAGCACGUAUCUGGCGUCUUCAACCCGGUGAGCAGCUCUCGGGAGUCAGUGAAGCCACACAGGCUGAGGAGAGGAGGGGGAGAGAGAAGAUCCCUGCAGAUAGGCAUCAUGGACGUGACUCCACAAGAGGUUCUGCACCAGGGAUACGUAACAAUCUCGGGAUAUGGGGCAGUGCUAGACUGCGGUUCUCUCAGUUCAGGGAGUAACGAAGCAACUGAUUGGAACAGCAUCAACUCGGAGACUAACCGUUCCAGUGACUCGUCCGCUGACUCCUGCCAGUACUCCCCUCAGCCUCCCCCUAGCACGACUGCUCAAGAGGCCUCCGCCAACUCGUGCAAGGUUGAGGUUCACGCAGUUCCCUCAGAAGACAAGAGCGACACGGGCCGUCAGGUUAGGAAGGUGCGACUGCGGCACUCGAGCAGGGAGAGGCAGAACGCCAGCGAGAGGGAGAAGCUGAGGAUGAGGGGCCUGGCCAAAGCCCUUCACAACCUGCGGACCUACCUCCCUCCGUCCGUGGCGCCCGCCGCCCAGAGCCUAACCAAGCUGGAGACCCUGCGGCUGACCAUCCGCUACAUCGCGCACCUGACCGAACUGCUGGCGCUGAGCGAGGAGUGCCCAUCAGCGGGCAGAGACACGGAGGGCAUGCGCCGGGUGGGAUGCCGCAAGGCUGGUGUCCGGGCAACCCGAGCCCCCCACCAGACUGUCCGUUCUAUCCAGGGGGGUCGGUGACGAACAACGGGAGUGGGCUGGCGGCUUGCCUUUCAGGAUAUCUCGCACGGUCAGAUCCAGUCCAGUUCUGUCUGUACCCAGUUCACACCCAUAACCCAGAGCAAGGAGAGGCAGCAGUUUGCUUUCGGUGAUGCACCUAAAGGGUUAGUGGUGAAGCACGAAGAGACGAACUCAAUGCCCAAGGUAGCAGCUGAAGGCUGGAGAGUGGUGAAAGCAUCUUUAUAUUGACCACAGUAUCUCCCACUCUCAAGUAGCAGACUAAAGCUGAAUGUACUGGGAAAGUGGCGUCAAACUGGAGACAAGAAAAAGUGCUAAAGUCACAUCAAAUCAGUCAAAUUGGGAAAUAGGAAAGAACUUGAAGGAAGUGAAAGUUUGUUUUGAUUUAAUAUGGAACAAAUGUGUUGGAACAUUCAAGUGUUCCAUUUAGCAAGUUGGAAAACAAAUGUAUGCUAAAAUGAAUGAUACUUAACCGAGUUCAUUGAGCAUAGGCAAGCAAUUAAGAUUGGUAUUCCAGAACAAGG